AUGUUUGUCAAAUCCGAGACCUUGGAGUUGAAGGAGGAAGAGGACGUGCUGGUGCUGCUCGGCUCGGCCUCCCCCGCCUCUGCUGCCCUCACCCCGUUGUCGUCCAGCGCGGACGAGGAGGAAGAGGAGGAGCUGGGCGCGUCGGGCGCGGCGCGCCGGCCGCGCGGGGCCGAGGGCGGGCCGGGUGGGCUCGGCGGCUCUCCGGCCGGAGCCGAGGGCUGCCGGCCCGCGCGGCUGCUGGGUCUGGUGCAUGAGUGCAAGCGGCGCCCCUCCAGGGCGCGAGCCGUUUCCCGCGGCGCCAAGACGGCCGAGACGGUGCAGCGCAUCAAGAAGACCCGUAGACUGAAGGCUAACAACCGUGAGCGCAACCGCAUGCACAACCUCAAUGCCGCGCUGGACGCGCUGCGCGAGGUCCUCCCCACGUUUCCCGAGGAUGCCAAGCUCACCAAGAUCGAGACCCUGCGCUUCGCCCACAAUUACAUCUGGGCGCUCACCGAGACCCUGCGCCUGGCGGACCAUUGCGGGGGUGGCGGCGGAGGCCUGCCGGGGGCGCUCUUUUCCGAGACUGUGUUGCUGAGCCCGGGAGGCGCUAGCGCCUCCCUGAGCAGCAGCGGAGACAGCCCGUCGCCUGCCUCCACCUGGAGCUGCACCAACAGCCCGGCGCCGUCCUCUUCGGCGUCCUCCAACUCCACCUCCCCCUACAGCUGCACUUUAUCUCCUGCCAGCCCGGCGGGUUCAGACAUGGACUAUUGGCAGCCCCCACCUCCCGACAAGCACCGCUACGCACCUCACAUCCCCAUAGUCAGGGACUGUAUCUAG